AUAGGUUACGUGGCUUAUUUCUCCGAAGUAUUCGAAUUACUCCCAAGAAAUUCAUGAAAUUCAUUGGAUUGGAUAUUGGACAUGGGAAACCUCAAACUGUCAGCUUCCACUGGUAAAUAUCACUGAACAAAACCAGAAAUGUUUCCGAGAAUGAGAGUACAAAGAAUUAUUUGCAGAAGUUUACACACCUCUUUCUCCUGUAUUGCAUGAAAGUAGUUGUACUUGGUUACUGUGUUCAUAUGCAUCACUUCUUUCUGUUUCUACAACGCGCUGACCUAUUUACAUUCAGCGGGAUAUUUGUAUGCUGUUCUAGAGAAGUAAAUUAUUUUUUGUUAACAUGUUCAUGGUAAUUCUCCAAUGACUUACUAAUUCCACCCCGGAAUUCUGUAAAAUAAAAUUUCUACACAUUUUUGUUUGCAAAUAUUUCCUCAUUGUCGUCUUCAUAUGGUCAAUGAGUAGCUAUAAAUAGCUUCGGGCUUGUUGAAGAAUGCUUGGGACAGGCUUAGGGGCCUUGCCCCACGUUCGGCUGUGAGCCCGAAGAUUUUUGCCCCGACAAUUCUGCAGUAUCGUAGUGACUAACAUCACCGUCGAUACUGCUAGGUAGCAUGUAAUUCCUGUGUGUGUGUGUGAAGCCUCACAUUCAUCUAUCUUUUAAUAAUGCUUAAUUUACAAGCAUGUGGUCUCUAUGCUGCAUUAUUCUUACACUUGUUUAACAGGUCACAUGCUCAUAUUUGUCAUGUUUUACCUGAUUUAUUUUACAAAUUAUCCUCAAGUUGAUGGAAUCAGCUGUGCUUCCGGCUUUCAAGCAAACAACAAUAGUAUCAGAAGUAGAAAGUGUGCUACAGGUUUAGAGCACUGUUUGAUCACCCUCAGUCGUGAAACGGUCAGUCAAACAUAUGAACUACACAGCUUCGAUUGUUGGCCGUGGCCAGAAUUGGGAAAUAAAUGUCCUAAUGUUAGUGGAGUAUGUCAUGUUCUACAUAGAUCUAAAGAUGAUUUGCAUAAAACUUGCUGCUGUUACGGUCAUAUGUGCAAUAAUGAGACUCUUGACAUCGUUCCAACAUCUGAAGAUAUAGGUGAAUUUCAUAAAAAUGGUCUCGGUCACUUUGGUUUGCGAGUGCCUGGUCGUGAUUCAAACGUGAUUGCAGCUCUUCAGGAUCUUUUCAACUCAGGCAUCGUUUCUUCUCUGAAUUCAGAUUCGUAUGAAGAUCCUUCAAAAGAUCGUUUACUGGUCUCUUCAUUACGAAUAUUUGUCAUUUGUGGAAUACUUCUUUCAACUGUAUGCACAAUUAUUCUAAUUGUGUUUUGUUUAUCCCCACGAUAUAAAAAAGUUAGAAUGAAAAUUUUCUUCCCUCGCAAUCACUCAUCAUCUUCACAAUACUAUCAAAAUGGAUUAGAUAAUCGUGUUCGUAGGACACUGCCAUUAAUCGAUUGUUUUCAUUGUCCAAAAAGUUCGUCUUUCAAGUCAUCUUAUGCCGGUGAUUGUGUUAUAACUUAUCCUGUUCAAAAUUCAGAAGUUACACAUCAUUGCAUUUCUACUAGUGGGGAUAAUCCGCCUAAAGGUGGUUCAUAUACUGAAUCAAUCGGUAGUGAAUUUGUAUUCUGUGAUAUAUCGGAACGUGGAUCAACUACAGUUACAGAAAUAGCUAAUUUACAGCUUGUAGCUAAAUUUUGUCGAAAAGAAAAAUUAAUUGGUCGUGGACGUUUUGCUGAAGUAUGGCUUGCCAGUGUCCCUUUAUCAGUAAUUACUAAUCAAAUAAAAAUGACUCAGGAUUUUCUACGUCUUUUAAAUAAUCAUGAGAACAAUCAUAGUAGUAAUGGGAUAAAAUUGAAUCAAUCAACUAAUGGAUCAGUUCUGGGGAAUAAUUCAAAUGCUAAUUCAUCUUGGCAUUUAUUCUGUUGUCAAUCAGAUAAUAAUAAUAAUAAAAUGAAAAUGAUAUCUAGUGAUACAAUGAAACGAAAUAACUCAAAUACAUCAUCAUUAUUUCUUGAAUCUCAUACUCAUAUUCCUAUGGAUUAUUUUUACAGUGUCAAAAGUGACUCUUCUCAAUCGAAAAUCUCAUCUAAAGAAUGUGCAGAAGCAAAAGGUAUGCAUCUGAAUGAAACUACCUCGCCUUUAUUAUUAUCAACAACUGAUUCAUCAAUUAAUCUACAGGGGAAUUCAUCAGUUAAUGAUGAUCAUUCUGUUAUUGAUGAACCUUCUAUGCCUGUGGCUGUGAAAACAUUCACUUCUAGUGAAUAUGAAUCUUGGAGAACAGAAUUAAGUAUUUUCAAGGCUAUUCAUGCGAUAAACAGACGAUUUUCUUCUAUUACACCCUCUCCAUCUACUAUUACUACUACUAAUGCCGCCACUGCUGCUGCUGCUGCUAGUACAACUACUCCUACUUGUACAAUUGGCGGCAUAAAUUCAUGUGAUGUAAACAGUAUCAAUCAAAUGUUGAAACAUAUUGGACAUCCUAAUAUUGUUUUAUUAUUGGGGGCAGGAUCGGUUCAACUGUGUCAAUCUUCGCUUACAGAAUAUCGUUUAGUAAUGGAAUUCGCCUCAUCUGGUUCAUUACGUCAACUUUUAUCAAAUGGUAGUUGGUUAUCAUUUAGACGUAUCCUGAAAAUUUCUGAUGAUAUUGUUCAAGGCUUGGGAUUUCUUCAUAGUGAUUUGGUGAAUAAAAAACAAUUGAAUGGUCGUACUAUUAUCUUUCCUAAAUAUCCAGUAGCUCAUCGUGAUUUAAAACCAGAGAAUAUAUUAAUCCGUGAUGAUGGUAGUGUUUGUCUGUCAGAUUUUGGUCAGUCUAUUUGUUUGGCAGAGAUUCCACCGAAUAGUCCAACAUCGAAUAAUUCUUGUAGAACAUCAUUACAAGAUGUAUUGACUACAACAUAUUCAGUUAGUUCAGCAUUGGAGUCUUUGCCAAAGGCUGGCACUUUAAGAUACCAAGCUCCAGAAAUUAUUGAUGGAGCUAUCUCCUUCACCGGUUGGGCUUUAUUACGUACAGAUAUAUAUUCCUUAGGAUUAAUUUUAUGGGAAUUGCUAACAUCUGUUCGUGUACCUGUUGAUUAUGAAAAAUUCCCAGAAGAAAAUUGUGAUGAUAUCAAUGAGCUAGACUUGAAAUUGAUUGACUCUGUUCCGAAUAUGACAACGUCAUCGAUUAGUUCUGAUUUCCAUAUGACAAAUGAUGUACACCUUGAUUUCAAUGAUUUAAAUGAAGACAGGGAUUAUCACACGCCGGAGCAUAGAAAAGCAAAGAAACGGCAUCAUUGGCUACCGUAUGAAAAAGAACUAGGAUCAUUUCAUACUUCAUCUGCUGCUUUACAACAAUUGGUUUGUUUAGAAAAAUAUCGUCCAAUAUGUCAUCCAUCAUGGUGUCAUUCAUCUUUGAUGACAAGCUUCUAUCGAACAAUCACUGAAUGCUGGGAUCAUGAUCCAGAAGCACGUCUUACAGCAGAUUGUAUCUUGAAACGUAUUCGUUCAUUAAACGCUCAACUGGUGAAAUCUAAAAAUUCAGUAUAAAUGAUGGGGUGGGGUGUGUGUGUGGUGGCGGAAAGAAAUGACACGUUAAAAAAAAAUUAAUUUCAAUUAUAGCUCAGGAUUUAAUGAUACACAUACAUUAUAUAUAUACCCAACACAAUAUUAAAAAUAAUGACAAAGUCAGGAAUAAUCUCGUGAUCAACCGUCAUUCACUUACUCACUCACCUGCAUAUAUAUAUAUAUAUAUAUAUAUAUAUAUUAUGCCAAUGUCUAUAUUAUCAAUAUGUAUAAUCAUGAACAUAUGCCAUUACCUAUUUCUCAUCAAUCAAUAUUCAUUCCAUAUCAUAUAUAUGACAAUGUUAGUUGAGUUUCCUCUUUGUUUUCUUUAAUUAAGACAUUCCUUUCUCUUCUUCUUUGUGUAUUCUUAGGCACCUGUUAUUGUUACCAUUACUAUUAUUAUUGUUAUUAUUCCUCUCUUAUCCAUUUUGCGCAGUACACACAUGAUUAAUCUUUUCCUUUUAGUUAGUAUGUAGUUGUCUCUUGUAGUAUCACAGUGAUUCAUCAUCGUCAUCAUUAUCAUCACUAGAACACUAAACUAUAAUGGCUACCUCUAGUGUAAAUUUGUUUGAAUUUUAUUAUUUGUAACUAUUAUUAUUGUUGUUAAUACUGUUAUUCUCUCAUACCUAUGUCAAUGGCAUAACUAUACGAAUAUUCUUAUACGCCACCUCAUAGGCGCAGUUAUGGUGCUCGCAUCCGCAUGAGAUCACGUGGGGAGAGAGACAGGGGGAGAGAAGGGUGCAUCGUCUGUCUCAGGGUUUAUUCGAUGCACUUGAUGAUGAUAAUAGUAUCUGUUGUCUUAAUAACCUUUGAUGUGCUUCAUUCAACAGUGUUCCUUCCUUGUCAUUUUAUUUUUCUUUUUUGUCCGGCUAAUGUUUUUAUUCAAUCUUUGAACUUUAUCUCGUUUAUCCUUGUUUCGAUAUAUAUACAUUACUCAUGUUUUCAUUUGAUUGUGCUCAAAUCUCUAGUCAUACUUUACUCUCUCUCUCCCUCUCGAUAGAUAUAUAUAUGUAUAACAGAACAAAAGGGAAAUCAAGUACCUUGUAUCCUUUCAUCUGGUUAUUUCCUGCCGAAUGCUUCAUUUGUGAAUAAGGUUUUUAAAUCUUUCUGUUUCUUCACAGCUUAUUUAUUUUCUUUGAGAUUUUCAAAUAGAAUGCAAUCCUCCGACAAUUCUUGCCGGUAGUUGCAUUUUUAUUCUCUUUUUUGGCUGUUGUUACCGUUAUUAUUACUAUUAUUGUUACUAUUAUUGUUAUUGUUGUUGUGAAAGUUGAAGUUUUACAGUUGGUUAUAGGAACUGAGAAAUGCAAUCACAGAACUCUUAAGAGCAUUUAAUCAUGAAAGUAUAUAUAUAUAUAUAUAUAUAUAUAUAUACAAGAAUAAUUUUAUCUCCUGUCAUGUAAUUAUACUACUGAUAAUAUUCAAUAAUAAUAAUAUUAAUAAUUUAUAACACGACUAUCUUUAUCCUUUUUUCUUUUUUUCAAUUGAUUCAGAAAUUGGUUGUUUGUUGUUGUUGUUGUUGUUUUUUCUAAAAAUUACUUAUACUUUACGGUUUUAAGUGAAUUCCACAAUUGUCAUGCUUUCAUUUUGCAUCUCACUCACUUAACAGAUGAUGAUGCUGCUGUCACAUUACACACUUUCUUGAUUCAUUGUUGUACUGAAUUUGAAUAGGU